CGUGGACGCCAGCCAGGAUCGGCCCCGACGCUGCGCGCUGUCUUGGCCGUGGCCACCGUUGCGUUUGCCCCCUCCGGCCGACGCCGGGGCAGCAGAAGGGCCCGCCCCCGCAGCGAGAGGGAACAGCUCGUCGGGAAAAUCGCCGCCCACCUGGCGGCCGCCGCCGCGGAGAGGCGUGCUGAGGCCGCGCGGGACCUGGAGCAGUUGGCCAGGCUCGGCGAGGCCGCCGCCGUCGUGGCGGCGGUGGUGCCCUACGCGCGCCACCUCCGCCGGGAGGCGCGGGCGGCAGCCGCGCAGCUGCUGGGCCAGCUGGCCGCGGCGGGGCACGCGGGCGCGGCCGACGCGGUCUUCUUUGUUGGCGUGUGA